AUGCCCGUCGCCGCGGCCUUGGACCGAACCGACGAGCUCCGCGCGCUGGACGCCACCCUCGCCGGCGUCCGCGGCCUUGUCGCGUCUGGCGCGAAGCAGGUUCCUCGAAUCUUCCGCGUCCCCUACCCGGAGGAGCUACAGCUACUCCACCACGAACAACCGCCAGCGGCGGCGAGGGCGACCGUCCCGGUGAUCGAUCUCAGCGGCGGCGACCGCGCAGCCGUGGUGGGCGCCGUCCGCGGGGCGGCGGCGGAGUGGGGGUUCUUCCAGGUCACGGGCCACGGGGUGCCCGGGCAGGUGAUGUCAGCGGCGGUGGCGGCGAUGCGGGCGUUCCACGAAGCCGACGGCGGGGAGGGCAGCGACAAGGCGCGGCUCUACUCGCGGGAGCCCGGGAAAGCGGUCAAGUACCACUGCAACUUCGACCUGUACCAGGCGCCCGUGGCCAACUGGCGCGACACGCUCUACCUGCGCAUGGCACCCGAUCCUCCCGUCGCCGACGAGCUGCCGGAGAUCUGCCGAGAUGCACUAUUUGAAUACGCCAAACAAGUGAAAGAUUUGGGGGACAGGUUGUUUGAGCUGCUCUCCGAGUCCCUUGGGCUCAAACCGAGCUACUUGACAGACAUAGAGUGCAACCAGGGACAGAUUAUACUUGGGCACUACUACCCUCCAUGCCCCGAGCCUGAAGUCGCCAUUGGGACGAGCCGGCAUUCAGACUCUGGCUUCCUGACUAUACUACUGCAGGACGGAGUUGGCGGCCUCCAGAUCCUCCAUGACGACCAGUGGGUCGACGUUACACCGACACCUGGAGCAUUCAUCGUCAACAUAGCCGAUCUCCUGCAGUUGAUCUCUAACGACAAGUUCAGCAGCGUCGAGCAUAGAGUGAUAACAAAGAAUGCUGAACCGAGAGUUUCGAUCGCGUGCUUUUUCAGCACUCAUUUCCACCCCGCUUCGACGAGAAUGUAUGGCCCAAUCAAGGAGCUGCUGUCCGAGGAGAACCCUCCUUUGUAUGAGGAAACCCUCGUCAGAGAGUAUGUUGCACGUUACUACUCCGUUGGCCUGGAUGGCAAGCAGAAGACUGCUCUAGCUGAUUUCCGGUUGUGA